ACUUGCUUAACAAGAAGAGGAAGUCCUAGUUAACGCCCUAGAGAGACCAAAGGAGCAACUUUGUUCAGUAUAGUACAAUGCUGAAACUGAAGCUGAGUCCCACCCUUUCUGCUGAUAAGCCAAAGGUCACUUGGCACCAAGAAUAAACUGAGAGGAAUGUCCUCUUCAUAUUGCCUGGAGGAUCGCUGAGAGGAGUUUUGCCUGGAUUGUGUGGAAUAUAGGAGUGAAAGCCACAAUGAAUGGACAUAUUUCUAAUCAUCCUAGUGGUUUGGGAGUGUAUCCAUCUCAAAUAAAUGGCUAUGGAUCAUCACCCACCUUUUCUCAGAUGGACAGAGAACACAGUUCAAAAACAAGUGCAAAGGCCCUUUAUGAACAAAGGAAGAAUUAUGCACGGGACAGUGUCAGCAGUGUGUCGGAUAUAUCUCAAUACCGUGUUGAACACUUGACUACCUUUGUUCUGGACCGGAAAGAUGCUAUGAUUACUGUUGAUGAUGGAAUAAGGAAACUGAAAUUACUAGAUGCCAAGGGCAAAGUAUGGACUCAAGAUAUGAUUCUUCAAGUGGAUGACAGAGCAGUGAGCCUGAUUGAUUUAGAGUCAAAGAAUGAACUGGAGAAUUUUCCUUUAAGCACAAUCCAACACUGCCAAGCUGUGAUGCAUUCCUGUAGCUAUGAUUCAGUUCUUGCGUUGGUGUGCAAAGAGCCAACUCAGAACAAGCCAGAUCUUCACCUUUUCCAGUGUGAUGAAAUUAAGGCAAACCUAAUUAGUGAAGAUAUUGAAAACGCAAUCAGCGACAGUAAAGGAGGGAAGCAGAAGAGGCGUCCCGAGGCCUUGAGGAUGAUGGCCAGAGCAGACCCUGGUAUUCCACCUCCGCCAAGAGCUCCUGCCCCUGUGCCCCCCGGGACUGUUACCCAAGUGGAUGUUCGGAGUCGGGUGGCAGCCUGGUCUGCAUGGGCAGCAGACCAAGGCGACCUUGAGAAACCAAGGCAGUAUCAUGAGCAGGAAGGAACACCUGAGAUGACAGCAGCCCGAAUUGACAGAGAUGUGCAAAUAUUAAACCACAUUUUGGAUGACAUUGAAUUUUUUAUCACAAAACUCCAAAAAGCAGCUGAAGCAUUUUCUGAACUUUCUAAAAGAAAGAAAACUAAGAAAAAUAAAAGGAAAGGACCAGGAGAGGGUGUCUUAACUCUACGGGCAAAACCUCCACCUCCUGAUGAAUUUGUUGACUGUUUCCAAAAGUUUAAACAGGGAUUUAACCUUCUGGCCAAAUUAAAGUGUCAUAUCCAGAACCCUAGUGCUGCAGAUUUGGUUCAUUUUUUAUUUACUCCAUUAAAUAUGGUGGUGCAGACAACAGGAGGUCCUGAACUAGCCAGUUCAGUACUCAGCCCCCUACUGACUAAGGACACAAUUGAUUUCUUAAAUUAUACUGUCAAUGCCGAAGAAAGGCAGCUGUGGAUGUCACUGGGAGAUGCUUGGAUGAAAGCCAGAACAGAGUGGCCAAAAGAACAGUUUAUUCCACCGUAUGUUCCACGUUUCCGCAAUGGUUGGGAGCCCCCAAUGCUGAACUUCAUGGGACCCCCAGUGGAACAAGAGAUUUAUCAGCUGGUGGAAUCUGUGGCAAAUGCAGAAAAUCAGCGCAAACAAGAACCAAAAAGAUUAUCCACAGAGCAAUCGAGUGUAUCAGAGUAUCCUCCGGCUGAUGGGUAUGGCUUCAACAACAUUUACACAAGAGGGCCUCCUAUGGACCCAGGGGAAGCCGCCGCCCCUUUUAAACCAACUCCUGAUCGCCAUGUAGAUAGAAAUUAUGAUCCACUCAAAACACAGCCCAAGAAAUAUGCCAAAUCCAAGUACGACUUUGUGGCGAGGAACAGCAGUGAGCUCUCCGUUCUAAAGGAUGAUAUUUUAGAGAUCCUUGAUGACAGGAAGCAAUGGUGGAAAGUCCGAAAUGCCAGUGGAGACUCCGGAUUUGUGCCAAAUAACAUUUUGGAUGUUGUGAGACCUCCUGAAUUGGGAUCAGGGCGUGCUGAUCCACCGUACACACAUACCCUACAGAAACAAAGGAUGGAAUAUGGUCCAAGAGCAGGUGACCCUCCCUCCGCUCCAUCUCCUCCUCCAAUACCGGCUCCUAUUCCUGUCCCCCUUCCACCUUCUACUCCUGCACCUGUUCCUGUGUCAAAGGUCCCAGCAAAUGUAAUCCGUCAGAACAGCAGCUCCAGCGACAGCGGUGGCAGUAUUGUGCGCGACAGCCAGAGAUACAAGCAACUUCCUGUGGACCGAAGGAAAUCCCAGAUGGAGGAGGUGCAGGAUGAGCUCAUUCACAGACUGACCAUCGGGCGCAGUGCGGCCCAGAAGAAGUUCCACGUGCCGCGGCAGAGCGUGCCAGUUAUCAAUAUCACUUAUGACUCCACACCGGAGGAUGUGAAGACGUGGUUGCAGUCAAAGGGGUUCAGCCCUGUGACUGUCAAUAGUCUUGGAGUAUUAAAUGGUGCCCAGCUUUUCUCUCUCAAUAAAGAUGAACUGAGGACAGUCUGCCCUGAAGGGGCCAGAGUCUUUAACCAAAUCACUGUUCAGAAAACUGCAUUGGAGGAUAACAGUGGCAGCUCUGAGCUGCAAGAAAUCAUGCGAAGACGACAGGAAAAAAUCAGUGCUGCUGCUAGUGAUUCAGGAGUGGAAUCUUUUGAUGAGGGAAGCAGUCACUAAUGUGUUUGUUUUUAAACUCCAUUGAAAUUUUUGGCAUUAUUCCAAUGUGCUUUGUUGUAAGAAGCCAUGAAGGGAAUGUCUUAUUUCUCGGUACACUUAAUUUAUGGCCAUAAAGAAACAAUGAAGACAUAAAUAAGCACAGGACUUGCUUCUGGGCCCAUUAUUUUUAAUAAAACUGAAAACAAUUUUUAAAGAAUGUUUUGACCCUGGGAAAUAACUUUGCCUACUUUACCAAGGUGAGUAAUCCUUUAUUGGAUUAAUUAUUUCACCCCCAUCUCAAUGUACCUCUCAUCAGGCGUUUUUUUGUUCUUUUGUUAUUGACAAGCAGUGAAUUUAUUUAUGGCAACAAAACGAAGAUAUAGCCCAUGAUUCAAAAUGUAAACUGUUCCGAUUUUGCCUGUGACUAUCGUAUCUGUCCUUAAGGGUGCAGCUUGCUUUAGGCUGGACUCUGUUCACGUAGGUCUCUCCUUUGACAUACUCAGUGAUAGCAUAUUUAGAUUUAUUUCAAGUUCUUAAUGCCAACAGUUUAAAAAAAAAAAUCAAAACAUUUAAUAAAAUGUAAAUACAGCAAGGCCUUGGACAUGCAAAUACAAACCUAUGGGGCAUUCCCGAGACAUUCCUUUGUCUAUCAUGGCUCUGUCGGCCACAGUUCCUUGUAUAGCUUGUAUUCUGAUUUUGUUUAUAUUCUGCUUAGUAGCUAUACCGUGUUCUUCUAGAGGAGAAAGCACAAGUGGAAAAGAGGUCAUAUGCAUUGAAAAUCUGUCACACGAAGUAGCCUGCGUUGGUGUGCGUUACAGUAUUUUGCUUAAUGAAGCCUCAGUUCUGAAUAUUGAUAUAAGUAAUUAAAAGGAAAUUGGGGCCAUUUUAUGUGUUUCUCUGUGUCAAGUUUUUCUGGUAAUAAACAUGUAACCUACACAUAUUUUAAUCCUGUGAAAGAUUCUAGAUAGAGAAAAGAAAGAUACUUAACCUUCAACAAAUGUUAUUUUUGGAAACACGAUUUUUGUCAUUAAAUGUUAUGUUAUUUCACAUAUAUAAAACAGAUGUUAUGUAAGAAUGUUGUAUAUUUUAACAUAAAUCCAUUUAGAGAUUAUCUAGAUUCAUUAAUUUUCAUAGUGCCUUUUUCACACGAGUCAGCUGGAAAGUCUACAAUAAACAGUAUUUGCUGUAUGUUAAUAAA